UUGAUGUAUCUUAUGGAAUUCAUAGAAGCUAUCUAUAGAAAGAAAAAAACAUAAGAGUUUUCUUAUGAUUUUCAUCAUUACUUUUGAUGUGAAAACCUCAUAAGACAAAUCUUAUGAAAGCAGAAUCCAACAUGGCCGGAUACGUAGUGGACGAGCUAGCUCUCAUCGCAGAUUUAUUCAACGAUACACCAGUGGAGUGCGGUCAAAUAUUCCGACAAGCGGGUUUGCAAACAGCAGACUUAUUAACCAUCAACCAGGAGAAUUUUAAAUAUCGUCUGUCUUUGUUUCCUCAUGAUGUCCAGAUCGACAAGAUAUGGGAGUCGAUUGUAAAUUGGAGGAUCAGAAACAACCUCGUUGACGCAUCAUUAGUAGAAACCGACCAGUACACCGACAGUAAGACAACUCUCGAGUAUCUCGAGUACCCAACCGAUGAAUCCGAUGCGAGUCUUCAAAGGCAAAACCACGUUACCGCUCCAGCUGAAGUAGAAACAGGCGUAGUAGAACCGAAUUGGAGGAUCAGAAAUAAUCUUGCUGACGUAUCUGUAAUAAAGCAGAAUACCAGCUUAUUCGCAUCUAGCACCCAGGAAUUUUCAUCGGAAAACGAAGAAAUUGUUCACGAAACUACAGCUGAUUCGGCCGAGUGGUCCGAUGUAACGAUCUGUCAGCCGGGACCGUCAGGUCUAUCACUAGAUAAACAGAAGCACGUAACGAUCGCAGGUGACCUACAACCCGGCGUCAUAGAAGCGAAUCAAUCUCGGAAAACUAACACGCCUAGCAACGAUGGAUGGGACCAUAAUCCGCCAACCAAAAAUUAA